CAGCUGAUAAGAUUAGGUGCACUUGGCACGCUAAUUGCCAGCCGGCAGCGGCAGACAAUUGCGCCACUCUUGCUGCGCCAGCUAACUAACGUGAGGCCAGCAAUUACACUACGCCUCUUGUUGGUGGAUGGUCAGAGUCUCGAGAUGAGAAAAUGCCAUAGCCGCAGGUUUCAACACCCAGAUGAAAUGAAAUUAUUUCAACUGGAAGUGCUCGUGUAAUGCUGCAAUUGACGAACUCCAACUCCCCCCCGUGAAAUCCCCUUUUUUUCCCGCCGCCCACAGCGUUGGCGGUGCUCAGAACCAUGGCGCUGCCCUUUCGCGACAUCAACGUCCAAACAGCUUCCGACUCGUACAUCUUCUCCUCGCCCUCGAGUCCCAAUGCGCCGGCCCUGGCUGUCGACCGCCCGACGGGCGAUAUCAGGCUCGUCGAUGCCUCCCUUCUGGCUGGAAAGCGCGUCUCUCGCGUGACGAGCAUUGCUGGUAUUCUGGGCAUGAUAAGGCUGCGGCUUGACAAAUACAUUGUCGUCAUAACCAAGGCCCAGCCCAUGGGCCGCCUUCGCGGACACAUGGUGUACAAGAUCAUCGCAACCGACAUCCUUCCCCUGCGCGAGCGCCAGGUCCGCGACCCCGACGAGGACCGCUUCCUGGAGUUGCUGCGUGGUUUUCUUAAGUUGGGCAACAUGUACUUUUCAUACUCGGUCGACCUCACAAACAGCUUUCAACGCCAGGCGCAACAGGAUGCCGGGAGUCCGCUGUGGAAGCGCAGCGAUGACCGCUUCUUCUGGAACCGCUUUCUCCAGACCGACUUGAUCAACUUCCGCUCGCUCGGCAGCCGCGGCCAGCCCGCACCCCAGCCUGGCAUCGACCCCUAUAUCCUCCCCGUCAUCUUUGGCAUGCUCGAGAUUCACCCAACCACAUUCAAGGGCACCCCCUUAACGUUAGCUCUGAUAACAAGGCGAUCCCGACACCGCGCCGGCACGCGCUACUUCACCCGCGGUCUUGAUGACGAGGGACAUGCCGCCAACUACAACGAGACGGAGCAGAUCCUGGUGCUCAACGACAGCACCGCGGGGCUUGGCGGUUUCUCGGGAAGUGCCGACCCGGGUUUGCAGCGGAGCAAGGCGGGCGAGGGCAAGGAGAUGCAGAUCCUGUCGUACGUCCAAACCCGCGGGAGCGUGCCGGCGUACUGGGCCGAGAUCAACACGCUCAAGUACACGCCCAAGCUGCAGAUCCGUGCCGCCGAGGCGGCGUAUCCAGCCGCCAAGGCGCAUUUCGAGGAGCAGAUCCGCAUCUACGGCGACAACUAUCUUGUCAACCUGGUCAACCAAAAGGGCCGCGAGAUGCGUGUCAAGCAGGCCUACGAGCAGGUGGUCGAGAUGCUCGUGUCCAAGCCCAAGGAACAUACCCAGGCCGACCAGCGGACGGAGGAAAAGUUCCACACGAUCGAGACGGGGGGCCCACAGCGCUCCCUGUUUGACCGGCUGCACUACAUCUACUUUGACUUCCACGCCGAGACCAAGGGCCUGCAGAUGCACCGCGCGCAGCUGCUCAUCGACCGCAUGCGCGAGGCGCUCGUGGCGCAGCAGUACUUCCGGGCCGGCGACGCGCCCGGGAGCCGCGUCGUGGCCGACGGCAACCGGCUCGAGGUGCGCAGCCUACAGACAAGCGUAGUGCGCACCAACUGCAUGGACUGCCUGGACCGCACCAACGUGGUGCAGAGCAUGCUCGCGCGCUGGACGCUCGACCGCAUGUUUAUAGACCUGGGCCUGCUCUCCCCCGGUUCUCGCUUCGCCGACGAGGACCCAGCCUUUGAGCUCCUGUUCCGCAACAUGUGGGCCGACAACGCCGACGUCGUCUCCAAGACGUACUCGGGCACGGGCGCCAUGAAGACGGACCUCACCCGCACAGGCCAGCGCACGAGAGCCGGCGCCCUGCAGGACGCCAACGUCGCCAUCACCCGCUACUGCCGCAACAACUUCCUCGACGGGCCCCGCCAGGACGCAUUUGACCUGUUCCUCGGCGCCUACCAGCCCCCGCCCGCCGGCGGCAUCGGCCUGGGCCUGGUCUUUGCCGAUCGCCGCCCCGUCUGGAUCCAGAGCGUGCCCUACAUUGCCGCUUUUGGCUUCUUCUUCGUGCUUGUCGCCAUGUACACCCCGAGGCUGCCCGACUCGGCUGUCUGGCCGCUGCGGCUGUUUAUCUUUUUCUGGACUGCUGUCACGGCGUGGUGUAUACAUUUCAUCUUCACCCACGGCAUGCUCUACGUCAACUGGCCCAAGUUGAACCCACGGCCGUGGGCGACCGAGGGGUAUCACGAGACCAUCAGCCGGGUGCGUAAAGACAAGAUUUUAGGCCCGCUCGUCGCCCGGCACGAGCGCGGGCUCAGCACGGCAAGGUAUAUCAAUGCCGAGGAGGGCAAGAAGAGGAUCGAGUAGAUUGCCUUUUCAGUAAUCAUCUUACUUCGCUUUGCUUGACUGUGUUGUUGUCUAGAGCCCGGUUAGUACAGACAACGGUCCUUUUGGUUUCUGCAUUGGCGCGGCUUGGUUUUCGGGUGUGACUGCACCGCUUGUAGAAGGUAUAUAUACACUGCGUUCGGCCUGCUUGUUUUAAUAGACUAUGUGUUUGCAUCCAGGAGAAUUACCCGAUUCAAUCCAUCUCCCUGCGAAGCCGCU